AUGGCGUUCAUGGUGAAGAGCAUGGUGGGGGGCCAGCUGAAGAACCUGACGGGUGGCCUGGGCGGCGAGGAGAAGAGCGAGGGUGAGAAGUCCCCGGCAGAGGCUCAGGGCAUGACCCGCGAGGAGUACGAGGAGUAUCAGCGGCAGCUGGUGGAGGAAAAGAUGGAGAGAGAUGCCCAGUUUGCCCAGCGCAAGGCGGAGAGGGCCACGUUCAGGUCCCACUUCCGAGACAAGUACCGGCUGCCCAAGAACGAAACGGACGACAACCAGAUCCAGCUGGUGGGCGGCGACGUGGAGCUGCCCAAGGAGCUGGCCAAGAUGAUCGAGCAGGACAACGAGGAGGAGGAGGAGAAGAACUCCGUCAUCGGCCAGCUCAGCAACAUCCAGAACCUGGACCUGGACUCCUUGAAGGACAAAGCCUCGGCCACGCUGGAGGACCUGAAGCAGUCGGCCGAGAAAUGCGCCGUGAUGUGA